GUACUUGUGCGCUCACCGGUAUUCCCAACAUGUGGACUUAUUGCGCCAUUAUCAGGCGCCCUUCCUAUACGAUUUCCUAUUCCCUUCAUUCCAGUAGCGGCAUUUCGCCAUUAUCAGGCGCCCUUCGCGGCCACUCAUAUACCCUGAUAUCCUGUGUCCACAUCUCCCACCUCAUCUACAGGAAUGUCUACUCGUUGGUGGUCGCGAUCAAGCAAAAAGCAGGAAGAGGACCAUACUUCUGAGCUCAGCGAAAAGGAUCAGAGGAUUCAGAAGGAGCCAAACGAUGAUACUGACCUCAAUCCUGGAGAACUGACUUUUGAAGAAGAUACCGCUGGAGGACUCGGUCGUCACCUUGGUGUAACCUCUUGCACUCUCCUUAUCGUUGGACGGAUCAUCGGCACCGGUAUAUUCUCAACGCCGUCUUCCAUCCUCUCUGGCGUGGGCUCAGUUGGCGCCUCCCUUAUGCUCUGGGUCCUUGGUUUCUUGCUUAGCUUCUGUGGCCUUUUCAUAUGGCUCGAGUUCGGCACUAUGUUCCCUCGUAGUGGUGGAGAGAAAGUAUACCUUGAAGCCGUCUAUAGAAAACCCAAGUACCUCGCCACCGUAGUAUUCGCUGCUAACGCUAUAUUACUUGGAUUCACUGCAAGUGGCUGUAUCGUUUUUGCUAGCAACAUCUUGGUUGCUGCUAACCAAAUCGCAGGUCAAUGGAAUGAGCGUGGAAUUGCACUUGGAGUCAUCUUCUUCGUAACCCUUCUACACGGAUUGACCCCAAAGACCGGCGUAUUUAUCAUGAACUUGCUCUCAAUAUUCAAAAUUGUAAUUCUGGUAUUCGUCGUGGUUACUGGCUGGGUAGUCCUCUCGGGCAAGACCCGCGUCGCGGAUCCGCACUAUAAUUUCAGAAAUGCGUUCGCGGGGAGCUCCACGAGCAGUUACGAGUAUGCCACCGCCACCUUCAAAGUCCUGAACGCAUAUGCGGGAUGGUCUAACGUGAACUACGUGAUGAACAACGUCCGUAAUCCAGUGAGGACGCUCAAGAUCGCAGGCCCGCUCGGUCUUGGUAUAUGCGCCGUUUUGUACUUGCUUGCAAACGUGGCUUAUUUCGCGGCUGCAACCAAGACGGAGAUCGACAAGUCUGGCGUUACUGUCGCUGCUUUGUUUUUCGGGAAUGUCUUUGGUUCUACUGCGGAGCGUGCGCUAUCGGUUUUCAUUGCUCUCAGUGCUCUUGGAAACGUUAUUACUGUGACUUUUGCUGCGUCACGAGUAAAUCAAGAGCUCGCAAAAGAAGGGAUACCCUUACCAUUCGGGAACAAAUUCUGGGCUUCAAAUUGGCCCACAGGAAAGUCCCCACUUCCGGGAUUGAUCAUCCACUUGAUACCAUCUAUCAUCGUCAUCGUCGCUCCUCCCCCAACCAUUGUUUACCCUUUCAUUUUGGAUGUCGAAGGAUACCCACAGCAGAUUAUCAAUUUAUUUAUUGUCAUUGGUUUGUUCUAUCUGAGAUGGAAGAAGCCAGAUGCUGUUCGGCCAUUCAAAGUAUGGUGGCCUCUGGCUGUAUUCUUUUUGGCUGCUGCCGUCUUCCUCCUCGUCGCUCCGUUCCUGAGACCACCAGGCGGCGUUGGCGACACCCCACCAUUACCAUAUUACCUGUACUGCCUCGUUGGAAUCGGGAUCAUGCUCGCAGGCGUGCUGUACUGGGCCGUAUGGCGAAUCGUUUUGCCCAAGGUAUUUGGGUAUGAGCUCAUACCGAGGAAGGAGAAGUUAGACGAUGGGACUAUUGUCGCUUUGGUCUGUUGUUGUAGUAGUGCUCGUUUAAUGCACGAUUUAUUUAUGCGGUACUACGUCGAAGUCUAGAUCGGAUCCUCGGACAGCUGUGCUUCCUACCCAGUGCCGUGACUAUUCUUAAACUUCUGCCGACAGCACCUACAUUCUGAUGAUCUAGCCAGUCACCAAUCCCGUUGGAAGUCUUGUUCCUCGUGAUAUCUUCUGCUUGAAAUGAUGAAUGCGAUACAUAAUGC